CCGUCACCCCUGAAGAGGCCACGGCCCCCGGACCGUCUGAGAGCAGGGCAGACCCGUGGGGAGGAUGGGGGGCUUUCAGGCACGGGCCGCCUGCUAGUGCCUCCUGGGAGUCGUGGAAUCCCGUGCCCUUAAAGCUUCCAGGGGGCCUCUCGUGUCACAAAGUAGCUCGAGAGAGUUCUGUCUUUAUCUCGGCGAGGCUACCGCAGACAUGUUUAAUCCACACGUGUUAGAUUCUCCGGCCGUGAUUUUCGACAAUGGCUCCGGCCUCUGCAAGGCAGGCCUGUCUGGGGAGAUUGGCCCCCGCCACGUCAUCAGCUCCGUCGUGGGGCACCCCAAGUUCAAGACGCCUUCGGCAGGACCCAACCAGAAGAAGGACUUUGUGGGGGAAGAGGCUUUGCACAAGCGUGAGGUCCUGCACCUGUGUCACCCCAUCGAGCGGGGCCUGGUCACCAGCUGGGAGGACGUGGAGACCCUCUGCAGGCAUCUGUUUGAGUGGGAACUGGGGGUGAAGGCCAGCGACCGGCCCGUGCUCAUGACCGAGCCCUCGCUGAACCCCAGGGAGGCCCGGGAGAAGAUGGCCGAGCUGAUGUUCGAGAAGUUCAACGUGCCCGCCUUCUACCUGUCGGACCAGGCGGUGCUGGCCCUCUACGCCUCAGCCUGCAUCACGGGCCUGGUGGUGGACAGUGGGGACGGGGUCACGUGCACCGUCCCCAUCUUCGAGGGGUACUCCUUGCCCCACGCGGUCACCAAGCUCUACGUGGCGGGCAGGGACAUCACAGAGCACCUCACCCGGCUGCUGCUGGCUGGCGGGUGGACCUUCCCGUGCGCGCUAGACAAAGUCCUUGUGGACGACAUCAAGGAGAAGCUGUGUUAUGUGGCCCCGGAGCCAGAGAAGGAGCCCUCCCGGAGGCCGGAGGAGAUCCUGAGGGAGUACAAGUUGCCGGACGGGAACAUCGUGCGAAUCGGGGACCAGCUGUACCAGGCGCCCGAGGCCCUGUUCGCACCCGACCAGCUGGGCAUCCAAAACCCGGGCCUCUCGAAAAUGGUCUCCUGCAGCAUCACCAAGUGUGACGCCGACAUCCAGAAGAGCCUCUUUGGGGAGAUCGUUCUGUCGGGGGGCACCACCCUGUUCCAGGGCCUCGACGACCGUCUCCUCAAGGAGCUGGAGCAGCUGGCUUCCAAAGGGACCCCCAUCAAGAUCACGGCCCCCCCCGACAGGUGGUUCUCCACGUGGAUUGGGGCCUCCAUUGUCACCUCCCUGAGCAGCUUCAAGCAGAUGUGGGUCACCUCCGCGGAUUUCAAGGAGUUUGGGACAUCCGUGGUCCAGAGAAGGUGCUUCUGAGGGGCUGUGGGCAGGGGUGGGUGCGAACUCUCCCCUCGGCAUCAGCAGGACGCUCAAUAAAAGACCAAACGGUGCAGCUUUUGGACA